AGGAGGAGAGAGAUGAGGAGCAGAGCCCAGUGUGCACCAUGCCAGCCGGCCUCCACCUGUUCCUGGCCGCCCUGCCUCUGCUCACCCUUCUAGGACAGCCUGUGGACUCCUAUUUUGGGCUAACUAGCAAGGAGUCACUCUCACAGUACACUUCACCGUCAUCUGUAAUUGGCAGCAACCACAAUCGACCCCACCUCAAACAGUGUGAUCUGCUGCCCCUUACACGGAGGCAGAAGAGAUUGUGUCGAAAAGAACCAGGUUUGGCAGAAGCACUGAAGGAAGCAGUUCGAUUGGGUAUUGUGGAAUGCCAAUACCAACUACGCAGUGAACGCUGGAACUGCAGUCUACAAGGCAGGGGGAGUCUCUUAAAAAGAGGAUUUAAAGAGACAGCCUUACUAUAUGCAGUGUCUUCUGCUGCUUUGACUCAUUCGCUAGCUAAGGCUUGCAGUGGAGGUAAAAUGGAACGUUGCACAUGUGAUGAUUCUCCAGGGCUAGAGAGCCAGAGAGCAUGGCAGUGGGGGGUCUGUGGAGAUAAUCUACGUCAUAGCACUCGCUUUCUUCAGAACUUCUUGGGCCAAAGAAAAGGAGGAAGAGACAUGAGAGCCAAGGUGGAUCUGCACAACACCAAUGCUGGAAUAAAGGCUGUAAAGAGUGGGCUAAAGACGACAUGUAAAUGCCAUGGAGUAUCCGGUUCAUGUGCUGUUCGCACCUGUUGGAAACAACUCUCCCCUUUCCACGAAACAGGAGCUUUGCUCAAAGCAAAGUACGACAACGCGGUGAAAGUUCUGGGAGCCACUAAUGAGGCAGUGGGAGGUCAUGAGUCUUUAGGACACUCCUUUGGCCGUUCUCCACGAUCCACUGAUCUAGUCUACUUAGAGGAUUCUCCCAGUUUCUGUCGUGCCAGUCGCUUUUCACCUGGUACUGCCGGGAGAGUGUGUUCUCGGGAGACCACCUGUGACAGUCUGUGCUGUGGAAGAGGGUACAACACGCAGAGUCGUAUGGUCACCUUCUCCUGCCACUGCCAAGUGCAUUGGUGUUGCCACGUGGAGUGUCAGAAGUGUGUACAGCAACAAGACACCUAUACCUGCAAACAGUGACAUUAAAGUGGAGGAGAGAAGCGAGACCACAGACUUGAAAGAGGUGGUUCGCCUCUUAUCUUCCAUCUGACUAGACUGCCAUUACAUGUGCCCUCCAAUAAUUUUUGGACGGACGGACCUUGUUGGAAGGUGUUUAGGCAUCAAAUACUUUUUGUUGCAUUGACUCCAUUGAUACUAUGGUUGGUGGGUCACAGAUCAAGCCAUGGUAUAUUAUAGCUUUUUGCAUGUCCCACAGGAUCAAUAACCACUAUCUGAUGAAUACACCAAUAGAUUACUGAAGUAUUGUAGUAGAAGCACACUGCCUGGACAAUGUUCUGAGAAAACCGUUAUUGUUAGUAAAUCUGUCUACAGUACCUUUCCCUAUUGGUGGGCUUACUACUGAUGCUGAAGAUUUUAGUGUAUGAAAAUGUAACUGUCUAGCAAAUUAGUAUAUAAUAGUAACGUGCAAGAGACAGAUCUAUCAUGUGUGAGAUGUCUAUAAAGGGUUGAAGUGGUGGAUGCCAAGUGUGCCCAUUAUAUACCCCCCAUAGGUAACCACAGUUCAGGGGAAUCCAUAUUGUUGUUUCAAACUCACAGAAUUGGUCAAGUAGAAAGUGUCUUCUGAGGGACUCCCUGCAUCAGCUGAGGGAGCUGUAUAGCAGGUGCUCUUAGUUUUUACCUCUUUAAGCCUUUAUGGGCAUCUGUAUUUCAAGGGGUUAUCCCAUCUGGACAACCACUUUUUAGAACAAAGGCACUCAGUGAUCAACUGAUCACUACAGUCUAGUUUUUCUAGCCCUUGGUAAUCAGCUAUUAACGUUGUGUGGACAUGGUACCGUUCAAAUGAAUGGGCAAUCAUGUCAUAUAUGGUGGUAAGUCUAUUACAGUAGGCAUAGGCUACUUUGCACAGGCUUUCCAAUGUGGUUUAUAAAGGGGAGUACUGAAAAAUAGCUGCUUACUUACAAGAUGGAAAUCUGGGUAGUGGCAUACCUUCAAUGGAGGCAAACCAUGCAACUGCUACUUGAUCUGAGGUGGGGGACCUGGUGGUGAAGUCCUUCUUCUCUUUUCAAUAUAAAAACACUGCAUUAAAGUCAGAUAAAGUGGAUGAAGCCAGGUGUGACGUUUUAGUACAAUUUUUUAAAAUUAAAAUCUUAUGCCUAAUUUAAAAAAAGAAAACUCAUCAUAAAUCUGGGGCAUUGCACUUUGCAUUCUGCAUUGUCUGGGGGGUGAUUGACACUCAUAUAAUGGGAAGCUGGGUGGGGCAGGGGGGUCCAAACAAAAUUUUAUUAUAGGGACCUAUGAGAUCUGUGUAGGCCCCCUGCAUCAGGGUAAUGAAUUUACAGCGAAAAAUGAAUCCUGUGCCCUACAAACAUGCCACCACAAACACAGUCCCGCUAUGGGAGAACCAAUAAUUCUACUUAUCAUUAAUACGGUAUAUGGUAAAAUAAUAUGUAAAAAUCUAUUUAAAUAUUUGCCUUUUUUACCUUGACAAUUCUUCAUGCAUAUCUGUAGUUAGGACUCAAUAACGAGCACUGGGCCUUAACCUAUUGAAUUCACAUUACAAAGUACAAGGCCCAUACUUUCUACCUCGUGUGUACAAAUCUACAACUAUUUAAGUUAUUUAAAUCUGCAGUAUUCACACUGCUUGAAGCCGCUUCCUGUCUGCUUUAUAAAAUUGUAUAUAGGUAUUGGUUUUUCAUUCAGUAUUUAUAUUUUUUCCACUAUGUACAUAGGAGACGCUGCACUUCUGUUUAUAUAUUGCUCCAAUAUAAACUAAUUUUUUUUUGUAAAUGACUGUGUAUUUUUUAUUGUUCCAUAAAUAAUAAUGUGCAUGAAAAUAUUGUCCAGCAUUUCCCUAAUGACGACUAAAGUGAAA